CCGUUUAUAUAACCUUCACUAGGGAAGAAAACGCCGACGAUUGGUAUACGAUGGUUUUGUAAGAUCUGGCAAAUUGGUGAAUCCUAAAGAGUUGUCUGUCAAACAUGAUAGUAAUUAUCGAUGUUUGCAAUGCUGAUACUUGAUUUCGAGAAGAUGGAAGUUGACGUAAGCAAUUGUCUUGCAUGUGGUGAUGCUGGGCAAGCAACUCCUUUAAGACGUUAUCACUUGAACCUUAAUGAUGUGGUCCAAUGUUGUUCUAAUAAGCAGUGUACAUACCAUUUGCAAAAUGCAAAACUGUCAAACAUAGCAGUGAAAGAGAAUGCUAAUUUAUCAGAAUCAUCACUGUUCCACAAGGCAAGUAAUACAAACAGAAACAGCUUAGGAGCUUCAGUUAUCCAAUGGACCAAUAGGAACUCGCUGUGUUGGCUUGACGCCUCUAUGUGCGUCCUUGUGAUGAUCAACAGCCUUCGGGAAUGCAUCAACAAACUAAAAAAACGUUGUAUACUACAACGGCUGUUUGAAGCUUAUGAUAAAGCAAUGGAUGUUUAUUGUGAAGACCAAUAUUUGAAUAGAAUACUUGACAGUACUAAUGGAAAGAUCUCAGUUCUAGAAGAAAAUGUAAAGAUUGACGAUGAUUUGAUGUGUCAGGACUUACCGCUAGUUGAAUCAUCUCUUGAUCUUAAUGAGACUGUUACCACUCUGAGUAAAUCUAAAGUGAAAUUAAAGGAAGCAAUAAACAUUUUAAAUAACAUAAGGGACAAGGUAUUUACUGAGUUGCAGCCAAUUCUUAAAUGCAAGGUUGAUGAUGAGGAUAGUCCGUUGUUUGCCAUUUCGGGACUUCUGAAUGAAAGCAAACCAUUUGCAGAACACUUCUCAGCACGCUAUCACUUGCAGUUCCACUGUACACUGUGUGGAUACAUUCAAGUCACAUGUUUUCAGAAAACAUUUGUAAGCUUUGUAGAAGUACCAACUGGAUUUGAUUUUAAUUCUCCUGUAAUGUUGAGGAAGUGUCCUGAAUGUAAUGCAAGCCAGCAACCAAGUCAACUAGUUUAUCACAGACUGUCACAGUGUGUAAUGAUGCACUUUGUAAAUGGUCUUCCUCAUAAUAAUCUUGAUCGGUUGGAAAUGUUCGUUGAUGGAGAUCAUUAUAAACUUAUAGCAAUCAUGCAGUACAAGCAAGCUCCGAAGCAUUUUGUGGCAUGGAUGAGGGAGAAUAACGAAAACCUGUGGAUAAAAUGCGAUGAUUUAAUGUCUUCUGAGUGUACGUGGUCAAACAAAGUGCCCAACAUACCACCAAAAGAAAUCCAUAUCAUUAUAUUUGAAAGACAAAAAAGACAAUGUGUGAGUUGUUUUAAACAGCUUGAUUACAUCAACAGUUUGAUUAAUUCAACCGUUCCAGUAAAAACGCCAAAACAGACCAUCCAGAAACAUCUACAAGUACAACCUGGCUCAUGUCAGACACUUGCGGAAUUGCCAAAACCAUCCCAUCAAAUUAUACCGCACACUGCCAAUAAAAAUUUGUCCAUGAAUGGAAGCAAGUUUAUGGGAUUCGAAGAGAGUAAAGAAAAGAACAUUCAUAGACUGCACACAAAGAAAAAAACUACUACAGAUAAUGUUCUUCUUGACAAAUACCUUGACACCUGCUUAAAAGGGAAUAUGGCACUGUCAUCAGCAUCAAGUAUUGCUAAACCAAAGGUUAAUUCAUCCAAAAACCCUGGAAAUAAAAGAAUAACAAAACAAUUGCUUAAUAAAAUUCAAUCUAAACCAAGUGAUAAAGUAUCGAUUGUGAUGGCAACAAUUCCAGAUUGUCUUUUACCACAAGUGUGUGCCAAAAACCCUAGACAAAUUUCCAACCGCAAUAAACCUGUUAAAUUGGGCUGUGAAUCGACCACAGCUUCGUCUUAUACACGAAGGAAAUGCCCACAGUUUCAUACAGGACGCAAAACCAAGUUUCCAGGGUAUUCUUAUGGGCAAAAGGUGGACGAUGAGAAUAGGAAGUUGUUUGAUGGCUUCAGAAAAACUUCAAUCACAAGAAAAGAGAGUGUAGACUUAACCGUACCAUCUCCUAACCCAAGCAUUACAUCUGAUUUUAGUGGUGCCUCCGAUGUACAGUCGAUGGAGAUUGAUACUCCAUCGGAGUGCAGUUUAGACAGUAGUGGGCUAGACAGUCAGGGUAGCGCAUGUCACAAGGAAAAUAUAUCACUUAAUGCAACAUUAGAUGCCAACAGCGCAUUUACAGAGUCAGCAUUUGAUCUUCUAGAUGACAACCAGGAUGAUUUUUUAUCAUCAUUACUAGAAACCAAUUUUGUUCCAAUACCUUUUUAGUUGUACUCACCAUGAUCGCCAUAUCUGGUAAAAUACUAUUAAUAAAUUUGUAUAUUUUAUUACUGUUGGUACUACAUAAAUGUAGAUGUUAUUGUCAACAGACUUGCAUAUAUCUGGUAAAAAAUAAUUUUGUACAUUUUGUUACUGAUGCACUCCAUAAUAUUUUAUUGGUAUAAUUUAUAAAGAGGAAUUGCAGCAUUUUCUCAGCUUGAAAAACAUGUAUGCAUAGUUCUAGAAGUGUACGCUGUCUGAGAAGUGCGUUGCUCAUUUUACUUGAAAUUUUAAAGUGAAUCUUACUUGUGUUUCAGGACAAAGAUUGUCGAUCCUUGCUGUGUUAUCUAGCCUUGUAGAAUUUCUCUGGGCAUGAACAAAAAUUGAUAAUAAUAAUACAAAAAUAAAGAUCCACCAAGGGUGCUCAAUUAUUUGCAAUUGGAUUGACAAAGUUCUGUUUGUACUUUAAAGUGUGCAUUUUUGGCAUGGUACUGUCAUCACACAAUUUUAUGCAAAUAUUUAGCAAUGUGGCAAGCACAGUAAUAUAAAUUACAUACAAAUCUAUUUCAUUGUUUUGUUCAUAUUUUAUAGAGCACAUUGAAUAUUACAGCAUUUUGUUGCAUUCCAACAAUAUAGGAUUUCUUUCCCAUACCCUCAUAAGUAUUGGUUUUAGAAAGUUGCAUUUGUGUGUCAAGUUAUAAUGAAGUCACUUCUUGAGACCCAAGGGUCUCACAAACCCCGACAAGUACUGAUUAAUGCAUACUGUUAUAUAUUAUUUGCAUGAAAUAUGUAUUAAUUUUAUUGUUAAAACUAAAAAUGAUAAAUCAACAUGGUGUAAUUAUAAUUAUUGCUAUAAAAAAUGUAGAUAUUUGUUUAAUAAAAGUACAAAAACUAAUGUACCUGAACAUCAUUUGUAUUAGUAUUUUUUUUAUAUACUACAGGUUAAAUUUGUAAGCAGUGGGCCUUUCCUAAUUGAGAGACUUACCAAUCAGAAGAAAACAUUUGUUGUUCCACAAACACACAUGAUUGUGAACGUUUGAGCUUGGGAUCUUAACACUAUUAAAGGGGCAGGCUUAGUGGUAAGGUCCGCUUCCAUCAUUUUUCGCGUAUUGUAGCAUAAGGGGCGUAUCCACGUUGGUUCUGGAGGAUGUAACCACAGAAAACCAAUAACCUAAGCAAAACAACUCACUGGGUCUUGAAAUGA